AUGGAGGAGCUCCUUCCUGCUGUCCUGGUGUGCCUCCUAGCCGUGCCCAUACUUGGCUUCCUGGGAAGCUACACGAGGCGGGUCCGUGCUCAGCUGGCCGUCCACAAGAUCGGCGACCCCGCCGUCGCCCACCGCGCGCUCAUCGACAACGCCGAUGACUUCUCCGACCGUCCCGCCGGGAUCUUCCCCGUGUCCCUAGCCACCUGGCGCGACGGCGAGCCGAACGAGAACGUAACCACGGUAAGCUACGGCCGGCAUUGGUCGGCUCUCCGGUGCAACCUCACGGCCGACAUCCUGCACCCCACGCGCCUGGCCUCUCUCGCCCCGCUGCAGCAGGAGGCCGCGUGGGCGCUCGUCGCCCGCCUGUCCGGCGCCGGCGCAGAGGUCGCCGACGUCCGCGAGCACGUCACCGCCGCCGUGUUCGCGCUGGUCGCGCGGCUGUGCUUCGGGGACGACGCGGCCGUGGACGACGUGCGCGCCAUGGGGAGCAUGAUACGGGGGUUCCUCUUCGCCGCCGGGGAGCUGAGCCCAAGGUUCGAUGGCUCGGCCCUGUCCAAGCUCUUGAAUUGGCGGGGGCUUCGCGGGAUCACCGGCAUGAUCCGACGGCAGGGCGAGCUGUACCUCCCACUGAUCGAGGCACGAAGGGGGCGGAAGCCACGGCUGCCGCUCUGUGCCGGAGGCGGCAUUCCAGUCCAUCCAUACGUCGACUCGCUCCUUGAUCUCCGCGUUCCCGACGACGACGAGGGCAAUGUCCCGCGCCCGCUUCGAGACGGCGAGCUGGUGGGCCUUGUGCUGGAGUUCCUCGGUGCCGGCAUGGGGUCGGUGUCGGCCUGCCUCGAGUGGACCCUCGCCCACCUCAUCGACCAGCCGGAGGUUCAGGACAAGCUGCGUCGCGAGAUCAUCGCCGCCGAAGGCUCCGGCCAGAGCCUUCGCACCAUGCCGUACCUCGACGCCGUGGUGCUCGAGAGCCUCCGCAUGCACCCGCCGGUGCCCUUCAUCAUGCGCGGCGCCCACGGCGAGGGAGCCAAGACAAUAAUUGGCGGCAGCGCCGCCGUUGUUCCGGCAGACGGGUUGAGGGUGCUGUUCAAUCUAGGUGUCAUCGGAAGAGACAGCAAGAUAUGGACGGAUCCUGACAGGUUCCGGCCAGAGCGGUUCCUUGCCGGAGGCGAGGCGGAGGACAUCGUCCCGUCGCCCGGCCCCAAGGAGAUCAGGAUGAUGCCUUUCGGUGCGGGACACAGGCACUGCCCAGGCAUGAACAUGGGGAUGCUGAACAUCAAGUGCUUCCUUGCCGCGCUGGUUCGUGAGUUUGAGUGGGCGCCGUCGGCGGAAGACUGCAGCAAUGGCGUCGACAUGACUGAGGUUGAUGGAUUUCUGAAGUUGAUGAAGAAGCCGCUUUCUGCGUGUGUCACGCGGACACACUAAAAACCAUAUGUAUCUCCAUGUGUAUUUUAUGUGU